ACAGCGACUGCUGGAACACGCCAAGGCGACACAUCUUCUUCAACCCGCGUCUGGUAACUGUUCCGUUCUCGUCGCCCAGUCUCCAUCUCUCUCUCUCUUCAUCUGAAUUCAAAUAUACCAUUCGUGAUUCUUCAUCGAGCGACUGUUCUUCCCCACAUCACCCAACACUCCGACAUUAUAAGGAUGAAAGGGAAAGGUGCGUUUCUGAUGGUACUGGCUGGAUGGGGAUUGAUAGGCCUGAUGAUUUUGACGACAGCAGUCGAAGCCGCGCCACAUCCCGCCGACUACACCAGCAGCAGCGUCAACAACCAGCGCGACUUUAGAAGUCGGCGCGGCUUCAAAACGGUCGGCCUGGCGACGGCGAGGGGCUUCGGUAAACGCGCUCCGUCACUAUCAAAUUUCAACUCCUUCCAAGAUGCAGCCGAACAGAUGAUGCAACAGCAGGAGGAAAAUCCAAGCAGCGAUCCCGACGUUUUCCCUGUGGACUGGCUGGUGAACUACCUACAAAAUAAGCCGGACGUGAUCCGCUACAUGGUGGAGCACUUGCUGGAUCACAACGGCGACGGUCAGGUGACAUCUCAAGAAAUGAUGACAUCGCUACAGCAACAGCGGGAAGAUUGAAUUGAUGGUUCCGCGGUGUUCUCCUCUCAUGACGAUCAUGACGCUACAGCUUCCCCAAUUCUCUCACGUUCUAAGAAGGAUGUAAUAUACAAUUUAAAAAUGGCUGUACUCGAAAUAAUAAUAAUUAAAAAAAAAAAAUUCUAAACAAAAUAGACUUGAAAAAAAUAAAAAUUUGGACUUGCUCCGGGGGUGAAUAGAGAGAGAAGUAUCGAAAAGAAAGGAAGCGAAUUCUUGUAACUUUUUAUCCAUAGAUCAUGGCUUUAUUGGUUCAUCUUAUUUCUUCUGUUGUCUUGACGAUAUAACCUUUAUAUAUAUGUUUGCCACUUGUCAACAACUUCUAUACACUUCAGUUGGAAAUAAUAAAUAAUACUCUCCUAUUUCGCUCCUGUGGCAUGUUUGUCUCAUCGCCAUAUGUAUCCUCUCAUCGUAUAUGUCCAACCAAAUACCUGUAUACAUGAAACUGGAUAGGGCGCUAUCAUUUUAUGUUAACAGUUCACCAAUACACUAUAUAUGAGGCUUCCCAUGCUUCCGCUAUCCAUUUUUUCGGUUUCUAUAUUAUAUUUCUCUCUCUAAUUCUAUCUGUCUUUCUCUCUCUCUCUCUCUCCCAGUGUUACUCUCUUGUAUACGUUUCUUUUUAGAAUAUUCAUCUGACAUUUUUUUGUGUAUAACUGCCCAUGGCGUAUUAUAUAGAGUAUAUAGGCCUUUG